AUGUAUGCCGCUAUCUUGCAAAUCCAAACUCUGGAAGAUGAGGAUUCACAAUGGGGUGGUUCUUCAGAAGGUCGUACCUAUAAGGCCAGGGAUCGAGAGCUGAUGGAUCUUCGACUCAAAGCUCAAUACUUCACGGAUCCGUGCAGGUAUGAACCAAACAUAUUUCGCAGGCGAUAUAGAAUGCAACCUUGGGUCUUUGACAAGAUGAUGCGCGACGUGGCCAACUACGACCCAUAUUUUGUUCAAACAAGAGAUGCUUGUGGGAGACUCAGCUUAUCCACUGAACAAAAGCUGACAUGCGCCAUGAGAAUGCUCGCGUAUGGCAUCACAACUGAUUUCUGUGAUGAUUACCUAGAUAUUGCGAAGACCACUGUCAUUGAGAUUUUUGAGCACUUCACAAAAGCAAUCUGGAAUGUGUACCAUGAGACUUACCUCCGCCGACCAACACCGGCAGAUUUGCGACGGCAGCUUGACAAGGCUGCAGAACGGGGAUUCCCGGGGAUGAUUGGUAGCCUUGAUUGUAUGCAUUGGCAAUGGAAAAAUUGUCCCACCGGAUGA